CACGCCCGUGUUUUCGCGACGUCUCGUUGUCAGUCGCGACUCGGCGCCGUGAUUCUGCCUUCGAUUCGAUCGGCUUUUACGAGUGACUUCCCCAACAGAGAGAGAUACGGUUGCCUCCUUGGAACCAAUUCAACGUCCAAGUGCCUCCAGUUUAUUCCAACUGGCAACAGACUUUCAAUAAUUCCUCCCUACCCUUCUAUUUUUAUUAUUCACAAUUAUCCGUUCGUCGAUGGGACACGACGAAAAAUUGAUCGUACAUCAACCGAUUAUUCCAUCGAUAUCGAUCACCUUAAAACUCGUUCGUUUCAAGUGCCAUUGAAUAAUUUCACGUCCUCGAGUGGUGAUUUCCUUUGGUCGGUUCGAUCGUGCGGUUUUUCAUCAAGAUCGUUUGCGGACAGACAAUUUCAAGAUGAUAAUGUAUAAUCCUGUCUUCGAUAACAAACCGAUCCUGCAUCGUUGUCGAUUUCCUUAUCAAUGAGAUUCUUUUCGCGACUAACGCGAACGAUUCUUUCCAUUAUCAAGAGCUUCGUGAGUGUCGAAUCGCGUCGAGAUCACGGUAUGUAUUUCGAUCGAUCGGUUAUCGAGCCAACGAUCCGCGCGCGUUUCUUCCUGGCCUUCUUGAUGCUUCUGUCGAGCAACAUCGAGUCAGCCGAAGGGAGAAAAUGCGUGUGCACCAACAAGGUAUGCAAGGAAGCCGGAUUGGAUACGUGCAAGACGAGAUUCUCUUGUUACACGGAAUUGAUCCUGAAUGGGAAUCAGGAAUUUGGAAAGAACGCGACGAAAGGAUGCACAGAGGGUGCCACGCCAUUGUUGUGCGAGACAAAGUCCUGGGUCACGAGGUCGAAGCAAACGGACAACGUGGAUCGAUCGUCGACCGGCUGGAUCCGUAUGCCCUGGCAUAGAUUGAAGUGUUGCGACACCCAUGACUACUGUAACGCCGAUCACCACGUGAAUGUGUCCACGUGGAUCGACGACGAGGAGGGGCCGUUUACCGUGGAGCCCACCUUAGACCAUGCCGAUACUCUUAGCGGAAUGUCGUCGAUUCAGUCCGAUCAAGGACCGAUCGCUGGAGGCCGGAAAUCAUCGGAUCAUUUCCUUCAGAGCCGAGUGAAACCUCUUCACGUGGCUGCGGUGGUAUUGGCGAUCGCUGCUCUGAUAUCGGUCCUAGCCGCCUGCUACGUUAUCACAAGGUUCCUGAAAGCGAACCCUUAUACCAUUACCAACAUGGAGUAAUGAAGAUUCUUGUACGAAGAUCAUCGAGAUUUAUAGUCGAAGACUUUUCAUUUUCUUCCAUUCUCGGGCAACUUAAAUCAGGGUGAUGGACGCACGGUGGCCCGUUGGAUCCCAGGAAACGUGGGAUGCUACCGAUUUCAAGAGUCAUCGAGUGACGAAGCUCAACGAGGGACACUUUCGUGCAAACACCAACUCGUUGAAACCUUUUGUUUCGAACGACGUGACUAACGUCGGGCCCGGUGUCCGUUGUUCGAAUUCCGUCCAUUCGGUAAAGCGGCUCCGAAACCAGGUGCUUCGUUCGUUUCCAUGCAAUUAGUCAUCCUUGUCAGGGUGGAAGCGAAUAACUAUGGGAGUCGAAGGGACUACGUGUGAAUCGUGCUUGGACGCUAUCGAGGAGUCUCGUGCUGGACGUGAAGCGCGCGACAGGAAGUGAAAAGUAAAUUGAACGGUAGUGAAGAGCUGUCGAUGCCAAUGUGUACACUGAUAAGAUAAAUUAUUAUGCGUACAGCAAACUGCAUUCCCGUUUACAAGCUUUACAUUUUUAUCACGAUCCUAUCGGGUUGAUAGGAAAAUUCGUGGGGAAACUUAACGAUAACGUAAGAAAUUCGAAUGGGGGAGAAAUGUACAUGUACUUUAACGAGUAAAUAAUGGAAUUAAAAGAG